AAGUGAGCGAGCUGACGUGUUGAAUUUUUGCGAGUAGAGGUAUGAUUUCUUCAUGAGAGAUCGCAAGGAGCGCAGUUGUAACUUCAUCUAUUUACUUACUCUAACUUGACAGAAAGUGAAAGAGAAGCACAAGCACAAAAGAUGAGGCACUUGUUCUGUACGCGCGGCAAGGAGCUCCUGCUUAACUACACCGUCGUCGACGAGACACAGCAGCUACUCAUGGUAGAGAUGAAGGGGCGCACAGCAAAACCUAAAACCAGAUGGUCCUCUCGCUGGACGGGGCAGGAGGAGCAAGAUGAAACGCAGCAACAGCGUGGACGAACAAGCGUCAAAUAAAGAAGUUGAAGGGUUGUAACAAGUAGAGCGACCGCGCAACGUCGUGGACGAGGAGAUUAUCAACAUCUUGGUUCUCCUCUUUGUAGCGAAUUCUCUUUGGAGCCCCGGGUCUCACGGGUAGAGAGACACGAAUCUUCCGCCCGAACCUAAUUUCGCACGUGAACAACAAGGACUACAUCUCCGUACUGGUACUAGACAAACAGUCAUCAUGGCGCGCAUCAUCAACCGUGUGUGCGAUGGCGUGUUCAACUACUUUGGGUUUGGGGCGCACAAGGGCGCGGGCCGCCUGCAGUUUUUCCUGCUGUUUCUGAACGUGAUUUUUUCCGUGUGGCCGCUGGUCUGCUACGUCGUGUACUCGAAGGACAUACACGUGGUCUAUUGGCUGGGGAAAGUGCCGCAGUACGUCAACCUGUCCGUCCCGAUCUGUCUGCUGUCCAUGAACAUCGGGGUCAACUACUUCCAAUGCUUCCACGUGCGACCACAGGCGGCGCGAAAGGGAUGCAUCAUGCUAUUUGUGGUAUUAAAGCUUUACCCUUAGUACCAAGAACUUCAUGUGCCACCAGGAUUUUAUUUUAUUUUUUUUCAUCAAGUAGUUGUUUGAUUUUAUGCAUGAAUUUUCCCGUACCAAAACGAUUUUUGAUUAUUCGAAACAGGACGGUAUGCUGAAUUUUGUAGGUGAAAAAGAGUAUAGUUGGGGCUGAGUCCGUUACGGUUCGUUCCGGUUCGUUUCACCGUAACGAACGAAUUUUCGUUCGUUCGUUACGGUUCGUUAUGGUUCGUUUCACCGUAACGAACGAGCUGCCGUUCGUUCGUUACGGUUCGUUUCACCGUAACGAACGAGCUCCUCACGAGCCGUAACGCCGUAACGAACGAAUCUGAUUUUGGGAAAAAGACGUCCGUGCGUGAACACUGCAAAAGGUGAAAACUGCCUCGUCGUCUUUCCGCGAGACGGCGAAGAACAUCCGGCGCUGGCUUUGUGCUUUUCUCCUUAGCGAGCAAGUCCGGUGAGAUCUUCCGGCAGGCGGUUGUUCGUCAAAGAGAAAUGCGGCGCUAUGCUCGUCUCUGCGGGCCAAGCGGCGCGUCCGGGCGGAGCCCUGGACGUCCGUCCGAUUACGGCGAGGUCGUACACUUGCUCGUGUUCUUCUAGCUGGAGCCCGGUGCAUCCGAGUGAGCCGGUCCGGCUCGGCAGCGCGGGGGCCAAAAAUCCUGCGUGCGUGUCCUCCACGCGGGCGGCCCCUGGGUGCGUCACGGUCGCUGCCUUUUCUUGGCGCACGGUUAGUGGAUGUCGAGCCGCUGGGGUGGCGCCCCGAUGUGCCCUGCAGCCAGGCAGCGCGGACUUCCUCCUUCGUGAUCGCUGGGGCCUUCAUUUCGUCCUUUGCGAUUUUCGUUUUUUCCGUGUCUGGCACGGGUGGGCAGAUCGCGUUCUGUUCAGGGUCUCAGGGUCUCUCUCGUGAAUCACGCUGACGCAAAAUGCAGAGCACCGUCGCGCGGAAUAUUCCCCCCGACGGUGCUCUGCAUUUUGUUCCUUUCAGCUUUUGCUCUGCCUCACGCGCUCGUUCUAUUGCCAUACUGUUUGGCGCGUUCGUUCGUUCGUUCGUUCGUUACGGGGAAACGAACCAUAACGAGCUCACGAAAGUCGGUUCGUUCGUUCGUUUGGUCGUUAGCGGACCCGCGAACCCACUUCGUUCGUUCGUUCGUUACGGUGAAACGAACCAUAACGAACGAACGAACGAACGCAAACCCCUUCGUUCGUUCGUUCGUUCGUUCGUUCGUUUGCGUGGCUGCCUGAACCGGACUUGUUCGUUCGUUCGUUCGUUACGGUGAAACGAACCAUAACGAGCUCACGAAAUUGCGUUCGUUCGUUCGUUUGGUCGUUAGCGAACCUGCGAAGCCACUUCGUUCGUUCGUUCGUUACGGUGAAACGAACGAACGAACGAACGAAAGCGCAUUCGUUCGUUCGUUCGUUCGUUCGUUCGUUCGUUCGUUUGCAUGGCAAAGCCAGUGCGUUCGUUCGUUCGUUCGUUCGUUUGUUCGUUCUGAUGACACAAACGGACUCGCUCGUUCGUUCGUUACGGUGAAACGAACCAUAACGAACCGUAACGAACGAACGAAAGUUCGUUCGUUACGGUGAAACGAACCGGAACGAACCGUAACGGACUCAGCCCCAACUAUAUUGGUGAAAAAAUUGCGACUUGUACAACAGCCACGCGUAAUUGCAUUUUUACUGCAAAAGAAUUAUGUCAUUGGCUAAGCAUACCGUCGUGGAAAGUGCACAAUCGCGGCAGGAUAAUGGUUGUGUAGUAUGUAUGGAUAAUAGUUACGUACUCCCUGGCUGGCUUAGUUGUUGAUUCGUGACCGACACAGAUCUCGAACAUUUCUUGUCCGAGCGUCCGACUGCAAAUGUCGCACAGCGUGGACCCAAGAUUUUGGUGGUUGUGGAUUUUGUCCGCACACGGCUGGGGGUAGUUGCACGCGCCACCCCUUGCGCGGCCCGGGUGCGCGAAUCGGACCACCCGUCCGGGCCCGGACGGGUGCCCCGGCGGCGGGGCCUCGGGCUCUCCGGGUGCGCGAAUCGGACCACCCGUUCGGGCCCGGACGGGUGCCCCGGCGGCCGGGCCUCGGGAUCUCCGGGUGCGUGAAUCGGACCACCCCGCCCGGGCCCGGACGGGUGCCCCGGCGGCUGGGCUUCGGGAUCUCCGGGUGCGCGAAUCGGACCACCCGUCCGGGCCCGGACGGGUGCCCCGGCGGCGGGCCCCCGGGAUCUCCGGGUGCGCGAAUCGGACCACCCGUCCGGGCCCGGACGGGUGCCCCGGCGGCGGGGCCCCGGGAUCUCCGGGUGCGCGAAUCGGACCACCCGUCCGGGCCCGGACGGGUGCCCCGGCGGCGGGCCCCCGGGAUCUCCGGGUGCGCGAAUCGGACCACCCGUCCGGGCCCGGACGGGUGCCCCGGCGGCGGGGCCCCGGGAUCUCCGGGUGCGCGAAUCGGACCACCCGUCCGGGCCCGGACGGGUGCCCCGGCGGCGGGGCCCCGGGAUCUCCGGGUGCGCGAAUCGGACCACCACCCGCCCGGGCCCGGACGGGUGCCCCUUCGGCGGGGCCCCGGGAUCUCCGGGUGCGUGAAUCGGACCACCCCGCCCGGGCCCGGACGGGUGCCCCGGCGGCUGGGCUUCGGGAUCUCCGGGUGCGCGAAUCGGACCACCCCGCCCGGGCCCGGACGGGUGCCCCGGCGGCGGGGCCUCGGGAUCUCCGGGUGCGCGAAUCGGACCACCCCGCCCGGGCCCGGACGGGUGCCCCGGCGGCGGGGCCUCGGGAUCUCCGGGUGCUGGAGAAGGGUGGCAACCAAAUCCGAGGCGCGCUCCCGGAGAGGGCGGUCUCGGGGGCGCGCCGAAGUUCGGCGUGUGCGAAAACGACGGCCGCCAAAUCCGGUCAAAGAAAGUUUGGUCGGUCGCCAAAUCCAGCCAAACUUUGGUCGGUCGCCAAAUCCGGCCAAAGUUUGGUCGGUCGCCAAAUCCGGCCAAAGUUUGGUCGGUCGCCAUGUCCGACUAAAGUUUGGUCGGUCGCCAAACCUAGCCAGACUUUGUUCGGCUGCAGAACCCGACCAGAAUGAGUUUGAGGUGUGGUCGGUCGCCGGAACCGACCAGAACCUACCUGGUAGCCGGAAGCUCCUGCUCUCCACUCGGCAGAUAAUUGUUCACAAUUUUCUAUUUGCAACUUCCAUGAGCAUAACCUCAGGAGGCUCUGGUGGUUCUAUGGGCGUACUUUUAGUACUUGCCCUCUGUGUUUCAGUUUCUGUCCGAAAUAGUACAAACAUCGAUGCUGUUGAUGAACACAAAGACCUGGCUCAGUACCCAUCUCAAAAAUCCGAAUCCCAAUGCAAACCACUUCCCGGCGCCAGGUUCUCGGCACGGUGCUGAUAUGUAUGGGCGCCUACGUGACGAUGCAGGCGGAGAAGGUAUCCACCGAUCUGGUGCAAAACUGCGGGUCUGAUCCGCUCUCCGCCGCGCUGCAGGAGACCUGGACGAGCUGCAAGGAUUUCUACCUCAAAUGCGACCCCACCUUCACGCAAAACAUGGAGGCCUGCCCUGGCUUCGCUGACCAGCAGUUCCAGUAUGCAGGUGCACUGCUCCUGCUCAUUUGAAGAGCAUGCGCGAGCAAUUUACUUUUUGGAAGCACCAGGCAGCAAGCAUAUCACCACCUGCGUUCUAUGGAGCCUGUGUGUGACAAGUUCGUCCUUGUGCACUAAUUCUAACGUUCCGAUUCACUGUUUGGGCGUUUGGAAUUACUUAUGACUUUUGCAUGCAAGAAUUAGAGCCCGUUCACAGCAACUGGUGGAUUUGGCGGCUUGCAUCACGAAUGAGGGUGAGGCAUGCUGUUGCACUUUCAUAUCCAACAGCCCCCACCGACCGCAGCGGAGCUUGCUGCGGAGGAGGCCGACGCAGAGGGUGGGGAGACCCCGUCCCCCGGCGUUUUCCGCGUGUCCAAAACCUACUACAGCUACCUUGUGGACUAUGCAAAUGAGAAAGUGUUGGCUACUGUUGCACGCAUAGUGUAUGCAGGCCGAGCAAGACAGCCAAGUUCUGUCAUGUCGGAUCGGUUGAGGAGCCUACCCUACGUACUAGUUUCACACGUGUUCUUCUUUUCCCUUGUGGUGAUCUCGGCAUUGCAAUUUUUCCCUGUUGGCAUGAAGAGAAAGAAAGUUUGUGUCGCAUGCUGAAGGUGCUUACAACAUACCGUGGAACCGUAUAAAAACACUUUUCCCCGGCAGACUGGCACCGAGUUCGAGUUCGACUGCACCGGCUUCUGCGAGUUUUACGCGCAGCCAAUAUGGAACAAGCUCAGCGAAGGCGAGCACCGCUGCGCCUCCGAAAUCGCCAGAAGGGUAGGCGCAGUCAGUGUCACGGUGGGUCUGCCGACCGCCGGACUGGGGGUUGCGCUUUUCCUCGUCGGCGUCAUGCUCGCGGGAUACGACCACUUGUAAAUCUGAAGGAUGCAAAGUUGCAGUGGUCCAACAGCAACAGCUCCUGUCAUUCUUCUUUGCCGCAAAGCAAUGGCAAUCCUUAUCCCGCACCGUCCACGUGGGAGGCCGUGUUGUGUGCAGGCACGGGCCAAGAACAUGAACAUGGAGAUUGGCGCAGUCUGCGGUUUUUCUAUCGCGAGUCUGUCCUCGCCAGGACACAGAAAGUGGAGAUCAAAAAACCCUACGAGCAAUGUGAACGUUUAUAUGUAGUGAGGUCACGAACGUUCUAUCCUAGUUCUGGCACUAGACGCAAAAACAUACACCUGCUAUAGUUCUCUUUUCCCAACAAAAGAAGGC